AUGCUGCUGCGCACAGCCCUUCUACACACACUCAAGCCGCGCCAGCAAUCCUCCGCCUCUCCCGCCACCAGCACUAGCACUGGUGAGUCUGCUGCUUCCGCAGCCGCUGUCACAGCCGCCGCCGCCGAGGCCUUUGCCCCGCUGGACACCUUCCUAAGACGUCACAACGGGCCGCGCGAAUCGGACAUUGAGGCAAUGCUGCAUGGGCUGGGAUUCAAGACGUUGGACGAGAUGAUUUCGGCCACAAUGCCCGACAGCAUCCGCCUGACAUCCCCUUUGCAUAUCGCUGACAGCGAAUAUGCUGAGCGCGAGCUUUUGGCUAAACUCAAGCAGAUAGCGUCAAAGAACCAGGUCUUCCGGUCAUUCAUCGGCACCGGGUAUACGGACGUUGUGUUGCCGCCGGUCAUCCUGCGCAAUAUCCUCGAGAACCCCGGAUGGUAUACGCAGUAUACGCCUUACCAGCCUGAGAUCUCGCAGGGAAGGCUGGAGAGCCUGCUGAAUUACCAGACGGUUGUUGCGGAUUUGACUGGGCUGCCAGCGGCAAAUGCCAGUUUGUUGGAUGAGGGCACGGCGGCUGGAGAGGCCCUGGUGGUAUGCUUGAAUGCGGCGAAGAAGAAGACCAGAAAUGUGUUUUUCGCCGACGUUAACUGCCAUCCGCAGACUUUGGCUGUGCUGAAGACUAGAGCUGAGGGCUUUGGUGCCGACGUCGUGGUUGGUGAUUACAGCUCGUUUGAUUUUGUGAAGAUUGGCGAUCGUCUUGCCGGUGCCCUGGUUUCUUAUCCCGACACUUACGGCAACAUUGGUGAGUACAAGGCGCUUGCUGACAAGGUGCACGAUCUCGGCGGCCAACUUGUCGUUGUAGCCGACCUAAUGUCCCUGGCUGUCCUGCAGUCGCCGGGCGAGUUCGGUGCCGAUAUUGCCAUCGGCAACAGCCAGCGCUUCGGCGUGCCCCUGGGCUACGGCGGGCCCCACGCGGCGUUCUUCGCCACGACAACAGCCAACCAGCGCCGCGUCCCAGGCCGCAUCAUCGGAGUGUCCCGCGAUGCCUCCGGCAACCGCGCCUACCGCCUGGCUCUACAGACACGCGAGCAGCACAUUAGACGCGAAAAGGCGUCGUCCAACAUUUGCACGGCGCAGGCGCUUCUGGCCAACAUGGCUGCUAUGUACGCGGUCUACCAUGGUCCUGAGGGCAUCCGCAACAUCGCCAACCGCAUCCAUCGGUUCACUCAGGUCCUGGCACAGGCUGUCGAGGCAGCAGGCCACUGCGUUGAGAACCGGUCGUAUUUUGAUACCCUGCGUGUGAAGCUUGCCGACAGCGUCAAUGCCGCAGACAUCCAUGCUCGGGCGGCCGAGCGCAAUAUUAACCUGCGUCGCAUUGAUGCGCGCACUGUGGGCCUAACCCUCGAUGAGGCUAUCAGCCGCGAGGAGCUCGUACAUCUUGUGGAGAUCUUUGGUGGUAAUGCAGCGGGCAUUGAUGCGCUGGCGGCGGCAGCCGCGCCAACGGUUGCUGAGUCUGCAGCCAUCCCUGCGGGUCUUGUGCGCCAGAGCGCCAUCCUCACGCACCCGAUUUUCAGCCGCUACCACUCGGAGACCGAGAUGCUGCGAUACAUCACGCAGCUGCAGAACAAGGAUCUGUCGCUGGCUAACGCGAUGAUUCCCCUGGGCUCAUGCACGAUGAAGUUGAACGCGACAACAGAGCUGAUUCCCAUCACCUGGCCUGAGUUCUCACAGAUUCACCCGUUUGCGCCGCGCGAGCAGACCCGUGGGUACGCGCAGAUGAUCCAGGACCUCGAGGAGGACCUUGCGGCGAUCACCGGCAUGGAUGCCACCACAGUGCAGCCCAAUAGCGGCGCCCAGGGCGAAUAUGCUGGUCUGCGUUCAAUCCGCGCGUACCAGGCGUCUAUCGGCCAGGAGCACCGCAAUAUUUGCCUGGUGCCUGACUCCGCACACGGCACCAACCCGGCGUCGGCCGUCAUGGCCGGCCUCAAGGUUGUCAUUGUUAAGUGCGAUUCCAAGGGCAACCUGGAUUUGGCCGACCUCGAAGCCAAGGCCAAGAAACACGCCGCUAACCUGUCGGCUGUCAUGAUCACGUACCCAUCAACCUUUGGAGUGUUCGAGGACGGUGUUCUGCGCGCCAUCGAGAUUGUGCACGAUAACGGCGGCCAGGUGUACAUGGAUGGCGCCAACAUGAACGCGCAGGUCGGGUUGACGAGCCCCGGCCACAUGGGCGCAGACGUGUGCCAUCUGAACAACCACAAGACUUUGGCUAUUCCACAUGGCGGAGGCGGCCCUGGUGUCGGUCCGAUCUGCGUUAAGAAGCAUCUUGCACCUUUUCUCCCGGGCCACCCUGAACUGUUCAAGGCCGACGGCUCACCCUUUAGCACUGUGGGGCCAGUUUCCGCUGCGCCCUAUGGUUCCGCCGGUGUGCUGCCCGUCACCUGGUCGUACAUCAAGCUGCUUGGCGGCCGUGGCAUGACUGAGGUCUCAAAGACCGCCAUCCUCAACGCCAACUAUAUGGCCAACCGCCUGCGCGAUCAUUACUCGAUUCUGUUCACAAACGAGCAUGGCAUGUGCGCGCACGAGUUUAUCCUGGACACACGCCCCUUUGGCAAGACAGCGGGUAUUCAGGCGAUUGAUGUAGCCAAGCGCCUGCAGGACUACGGCUUCCAUCCCCCGACAAUGUCGUGGCCUGUGCCGAACACCAUCAUGGUUGAGCCGACGGAGUCUGAGAGCAAAGAGGAACUGGAUAGGUUCUGCGAUGCGAUGAUUGCUAUCCGGGAGGAGAUUCGUGAGAUCGAGGAGGGGAAGCAACCGGUGGGUGAUAAUGUGCUGAGCCAUGCCCCGCACACUAUUGCCACUGUGUCUGCUGAGGAGUGGACUAGGUCGUAUUCGCGCCAGAAGGCCGCGUACCCGUUGCCUCAUUUGAAGGAGCGCAAGUUCUGGCCGUCUGUUUCGCGCGUCGAUGAUACGUAUGGUGACAUCAACCUUAUUUGCUCAUGCCCUCCGAUGGAGAACUAUCAGUAA